AUAGAGGGCCCCCAACAGAAAGGAACUAAAAGACAAAAAUUACUAAACCACCGGAUUUUACAGGGGACACACACAUUCAAAUUGACCUGGCUCCUGUUCACAUAUGACUACAUUGACUGAGAGCCACCAGACUGGGGAUCUGCUGCCUGACAGCGCUCUAAACUGAAGGGUGGAGUCUGUCCAUCACGACAUCACGGUUGUCAUCGCUGUCCACAUCACGCCACGCUCAGUGAACCCUGCUGUUGGAGGUGAUCCCCAGGUGGCCACGGUCGGGUCGCAACCCAAACGGCAUCACAGGGCAGGAGGCAUCAUGGCGUACCAACACAAGCUGGCAGAGAAGCUCACGGUGCUGUGCGACAGGGGCCGUGGGGUGCUGGUGCGGAUGAACCACAUAAAGAAGACAUGUGCAGACCCUAAAGCCAAGCCUAGCUUCCUGACAGACAAGGCCAUGGAGUCUGCCAUUAAGCACAUCAACAAGAAAUUCCCCAACAUCGACUUCAGGGGAUCAACUCAACAGCUGAGCGGUGUGCAGAAACAGAAGUCGGCCGUGCUGGAGGUCCUGAGCAGCUACUACGACUCCUUCAUUGACGUCAUGGAGUUCAGGGACCACGUUUAUGAGUUGCUGAAUACGAUAGAUGCCUGCCAAUGCUUCUUCAAUAUUGCAAUCAACUUUGACUUCACCAAGAGCUACCUGGACCUGAUAGUGACCUACGCCUCGGUCAUCCUCAUGCUGUCCCGCGUGGACGAGAAGAAGGUCCUGGUGGGAAUGUACAACUGUGCCCACGAGAUGUCCAAUGGGACCAGUGAUCCUGCUUACCCCCGUCUUGGGCAAAUGAUUGCAGAAUAUGAUCACCCCAUGAAAAAGCUCACUGAGGAGUUUGGCCCUCACACCAAGGCGGUGACGGAGGCGCUGCUGUCUCUGCAGCUGGUGUACCCGCGCAGGAACCUGCAGGCGGAGCAGUGGAGAGGAGCCCAGCUACUCAGCCUCCUCAGCAGCCCCCCCAACAUGCUCAGCCCAGUCACCUGCGAAACGAUGUCGUGUGAGUACCUGUCCCUGGAGGUGAUGGAGAGAUGGAUCAUCUUGGGCUUCAUGCUGUGCCACAGCAGUCUGAACACCAACCAGGCGUCUCAGGAGCUGUGGAAGAUGGCGCUGCGCAGUGGCCUCUACCUCACCAUCAUCCGCGAGGAGACCAUCAACAUACACAAGUUCUCAGAGGACUUCUUCGAUGGCUUGAAAGGGUACAGCAAGCGGGUGGCAGAUAUCAAGGAGUGCAGGGAGAACGCCAUAGCCAACUGUGGAGCCAUCCACCGAGAGAAGAGAAUCUACCUGCGGCAUGCACUGAAGGAGCUUUGCAAAGUACUGGAGGAUGAGCCCAGACUGCUGGGGCCAAAGGCUCUGUUUGUGUUCAUGGCCCUGUCGUUCUCCCGUGACGAAGUGCUCUGGCUGGUCCGGCACAGCGAGAACGUCCCAAAGACCAAGACCCCCGAAGACUACGUGGACUCGCAAAUGGCAGAGUUGCUCUUCCACAUGGAGAGGCUGCAGACCCUCCUCCACCAGCAUAAGCCCAUAAUAGAUCGCUACCAUCUCCUGUACCUGUCCCAGUUUGAUGCGCUGGUGAUUAACGACACGGUCCAGGGUCUGUAUGUUUGUCCUGAGGAGGAGUCUGUCCUUAUGUCAUCGUUUGUGUCUUCCCUGUCAGCACUUAAUGUCAAACAAGUGGAGAAGGGAGAAGAAUUUGAUUUCAGGGCAAUCAGGCUGGACUGGCUUCGACUACAGGCAUACACAAGCAUAGCCAAGGCCCCCCUGUCCCUUAAGGAAUACCCCAACUUGGCCAAGAUCAUGAACAUGACGCAGUUCCACACCCGCCUGAUCGACAACAUGGACGGCCUCCUGCAGGAGACGGCCGAGCUCUCCAUCCUCUGCUACUACCCGCGUGUGUUUGAGAAGAUGUUCUUCCAGGGCAGCGAGGACGUGGCCAUGCAGCGCUACCUCAUCUCCUUCCCCGUGCUCUGCUCCCACUUCAGCCAGAGCGCGCACCCCCUGUGCCCAGAGGAGACGGAGGCCGGUGAGAAGAGGAGCCUGAAGCUGUGCGUGACCUUCCUGGAGGAGAUCGCCAAGCAGACCAGCGCCGUCGUCCUGGAGAUCUGUGCCGAGCAAUGCAAACUCAACGACCAGCUGCUGCCUAAGCACUGCGCAGAGACCAUCAGUAGGGCGCGCAACAAGAAGCAGAAGAAGCCGCCGCCCAAGAAAGGGGAGGUGCAAAAGGACAAGCCAGGCACCGAGAGCCACCGCAAAGACCGCGUCAUCAUGACCAACAUGGACAAAAUGCAUCUGACCCUCUCAGAGCUCUGCACGACCUUUACGUACUAUCCCGACUUCACAGUCUACAACCACAUCAUCAUCCCCAUCGAGUUCCUCUUCUCUCAGCUUGAGAUUCGCCUCAACAAGAUCAUCGUGCAAAUGGUCAAUUACAACCAGGCCACCCAGGAGAUCUCGAGGCCCUCGGACCUGCUGGCGGCCGUGCGCGCCUACACCACCAGCCUGCAGACGCUCAACCGCUACGUCAGCAUGGACGUGACGCGCCUUGUACGCAGCGUGCUGCUGCAGCAGACACAGCCGCUCGACUCCCGCGGCGGACAGACUUUCACCACCCUCUAUACCAACUGGUACCUGGAGAGCCUUCUUCGACAAGCCAGCAGUGCUCUCAUCCUGCACUGCCCAACAAUGCACUGUUUCAUCAACCAGACCACUGAGACGGAGCAAAGUUUCCGUGCCGAGCAGUUCUCUGACAUCUGUGAGAUGCGGGCGCUGGCUGAGCUCCUGGGACCUUAUGGGCUGAAGUUCCUCAGCGAGAACCUGAUGUGGCACAUCACCUCCCAAGUGGCCGAACUCAAGAAACUGGUCACGGAUAACAUGGAUGUCCUGAUGCAGAUAAAGUCCAGGUUUGACAAACCAGAGGAGAUGGUUGUCCUUCAGAAGAGACUGACAGGAUCUGAAAAUGUCCUGAAGAGAAUGACCAUCAUUGGGGUUAUUCUGUCUUUCCGAGCCAUGGCACAGGCUGCCCUCGAGGAUGUCAUGAAGCAGCACUGCCCUUUCCUCAUGGGGCCUAUUGCCAACCUGCGGGACUUUGUGUUCCCCGACACUGAAAUAAAGGUCACACUGGGUGUGUACGAGUUGGCGUCGGCGGCAGGCUUGCAGUGUAGCAUUGACCCGACCUUGGUGGCUGCUAUAGCUAGCAUGCGCUCAGACAACUCAUCCAAGGAGGAAGAAUGCAAGGUUGCAGGUCUUCUCCUGAUAUUCAUCGCGGUGUCCCUCCCUAUCUUGGCUCUUGACACCAAUUCCUUCUACAGCCGUGAGCAUGGAGGGCAUCAAAACAACAUCCAUUGCCUCGCUACGGCCAUCAACCAUCUGUCUGCCGCCAUGUUCACCACACUCAACGAGAACAUCCAGCAGCAUCUGAAAGAGUUUCUCUUGGUGGCGUCUUCCACGUUCCUUCAACUGGGGCAGACUGCAGAGAAAGCCGAGGUCAAAAACAGAGACUCAGUCUAUCUCCUCCUACAUCAGAUUGUGGAGGGCUCGCCGUUCCUCACGCAGGACAUGCUGGAGAACUGCUUCCCAUACGUGCUCCUGCGCAACGCCUACCGGGAGGUGUACAAGACCUUCAUUCAUACCCUCGGCUGAUCCAGGCCCAGUGUGCGCACACAAACACACAUAUUCACGAACACACAUUCAUACACACACACAAACACAGGGAAGCACAAACGCAGUAAACACUCACACACAAACACACACAUGCACGCACAUACAGUACACACACACACAUACACACACACACACACACACACACACACACACACACACACACACACACACACACACACACACACACAUUCAUAAACAGUCUCUCUCUCUUGCUCUCUUUCUCUCUCUCUCACACACACACACACACACAGACACACACUGAACAACUUUCUCUCCACGCCCACUGUCACACUAGCGCAGCAGCAGUAAAACACCUGGUGUUUGGCUAUGACACAGGCACGGAGCCGACACGGUGGGUAGGAAGGUCGUCGGUGGGGACCGUAGGAAUUCAAAUUGCCUCAAUAUCCACUCCCCAGGAACGCACUGUACCAAAACAAAUAAACAACAAACAAACAACAUGUGCCUUUUUUCCCAGGCUUCGCUCAAGACCAGACCACGGCACUCCUAGCCUGGCGAUGUUUUUCCACCAUUCCACAAACUGAUUUUACAUUUUAUAUUAACAGUAGGUCUUAUUAUACAACCGCAUAAUGAUACUGCAAAACUAUUCAAGUUCAAGCUUAUUUAUCUUAAUAAAACUAAUUCUUUACUAAUUGUGUAUGAUUUGAAUAAUAAAAACUAA